CAAUCAGAACUAUAAUGGCCAACGCCUCAAUAUUCAUACAAGAUGCCUGCUACCAGCACCGAUAUAUACGAUCUAGAGACACCUCGCUUAUUGUGGAACGCCCUGAACGGCUUAUUGCAGCCAAAAUUGGCUUGGCUGCCGCCGUGACUCGAAUACAGGAAGUUGUCGGAAAGUCAACAGGGGAUCCGAAUGACUUGGUCGCUGCACUGGACAAACUAACCCUGGGCUCUCGAUCGAGCGACAUCACAGCCCCGAUAAAUGUCGUUCACAGCUCCGCCACUCUCGAUAUACUCAAUCAUCCCGCAGUCAGAUUCACUCAUGGUUUUCCGGAUCCCAAUACAGCCAAGGAUUCCAAUGAAUAUCUCAGGAAUUUGAAGAAAUGGUCAGAAGAUAGUAUAGAGAAAAUAUCGAAAGGGGACUCAGAGAUUCCUCAAGAACUAGCACAGGGGGAUUUAUAUCUCUGUCCAGAAUCUUUGAACGCAAUUCAAGGUGCCUUAGGCACCGUGUGCGAAUCCAUCGAUACUGUAGUUGACCCUAGUCCAUCGUCAUCCAAACGCGCUUUUGUAGCAAUUCGUCCUCCUGGGCAUCAUUGUGGCGAAGAUACACCUUCGGGUUUUUGUUUCGUUAACAACGUAAUAGUUGGAGCAGCCCAUGCCCAUCUCCAACACGGAAUUCAUCGCGUCGUCAUCUUCGAUAUCGACCUUCAUCAUGGCAACGGAACCCAAUCUCUUGCUUGGGCCAUAAACGAAGAGACACAGAGACAAAAAUUAGAGGCUGAGGCAAGGAUAGAGGCUGGGAACUCAUUCCCUGCAACUAUUCCUGGCUUGCAGGUAUACUACUCAUCCAUCCACGACAUCCUUUCGUAUCCAUGUGAAGAUGGAACACCUUCCAUGGUUCAAGCAGCAUCAGUUUCAAUAUCAGGUGCACACGGACAAUGGAUCGAGAAUGUACAUCUAAAAGAUCAUGCCAAAGAGGGUGAUUUUUGGGGCCUGUACGAAGAGCAUUACAAGAAAAUCAUCCACAAGGCGGAGGAAUUCGUCCAAUCCACAGCUACGAAGAACAACGAAGAUGUGCUGGUAUUCAUCAGUUGCGGCUUCGAUGCAUCGGAGCACGAAUACGCAUCCAUGUCGCGACAUGGACGAAAGGUGCCUACAAACUUUUAUGCUCAAUUCACCAGGGACGCUCGUGCAUUCGCUGAAAAGCACGCGAAAGGCCGAAUCGUGAGCGUACUGGAAGGCGGUUACAGUGAUCGUGCACUUAUCUCAGGAACAUUCGCGCAUUUCUGUGCACUGGGCCUCUCCGAAGAGCGUACCUGGAACGAGACAUGGUGGAAUAAGGAUAACCUUGACGCAUUACAAAACGCUACAAAGCCAAAGAAGCCCAGGGGCCAUGUUUCUGGACCACUCUCUGCGCCGAAGACAGACCUUGAACCAGAGCCUUGGCUCAAACAGGCGGUAUCCAUUUUCCAGCAUCUUGAGCCCAUACCUUUCAAAACCCCAAGAAAAGGUAAAUCUAUUCUCGUAGAACCGUCGUCGAGGACGCUACGACAAAGGAAGGUCGGGAAUGCAUCUUCGUCGAGCCCAGCGUCCGCGAAAUCGAAACCGGAAAAAAGUGAAGCGACCGGGAAGGGUAUGCCUCGGGGGAAGAUAAACUCCUCUCUUUCGAAAAGCAAAGGGAAGAAAACCAAGCCAGGAGUCGUUACUGAAAGUACUCGGUCGGAAGGACAAGCUGAGGAUACAGAUUCGUCCACUGAAUCAUCUAGUACAUUGAGCUCUAUGUCGGACUCGGAUGUCGACUUACCAAUCUCUGCUCCAUCAAAGAAGCUUCCAAGAGUGAUACUCAAACUGGGACCUCCACCUAAUUCAUAAUGUGUUCAACAUCCAA